AUGUCGCGCGCUUCAGUGGGAGGCUUUGCGGAUACUCCUCCUAGAGCCCCGCCGCCGUCGCAGAGCAAGCGCAAAAGGGAAGCAGGAGACCAAGAAGCGAGUCACUCGUUAGUGGCGAGUUCUUCUGUGGUCGAGUCGCUUUCACCAAAACUCAAACAUCCGCCGACUAGCCAGAAAGGCUUCGACAACAACAACACGGCUGCCCGGAACAAAGCCGCUGGCAAGAUCGCUCCAUCUCCGGAAGAUGACGAGUUGCACACUGCAGACUCGGGUGAUCUGCUGAACGGUGUCGGAUCAGCAAGUUCACUGGCAAGCACCGUCUCUUCGGUGUUCAGCAGCAGCAAUCCAUCAGCGAUGUUCUCAUAUCCCGGCACCACACCUUCACUACAUGCUCUGACACCUCUCACAAACAACGACUCCUCUCCUCCCGGCAAAGUACCCAGUCCUCGACCGGCGAAAAUCCAGAAAGUUCAUACACAUGCCGAUGUCGCGACGCCGAAUGGUGCGCCGCAAAUCAAUGGCGCCCAGAAUGCCUCCGAAGCAAUCACGCCAGUCCACACACCCCCUCAAGGACGGAAGCAAGCGCGAAAGGAGCCCGGCGAGGUGUCGGGCGAGAAGACAGUCUACGAUCCAGAAAUUGAUGAUAAACUUCCGCAGAAGGAUAGGAGGAAACACAAGCCACGGACAAGGGCAUUCGUCGAGCAGCCCGCCGACACGCCGCCGGUAAAAGAUCCUCGACUGGCCAUUGGGGGUUAUGAGUCCGGAAUAUACCAGCAAGGAAGAAUGAGCAAGGCGAAAGUGCGCGUGGCACCUUAUCCGCUCAAGCCCUACUCGUUCGACCCAAGGAUCUCAAUUGGACCUGGACCAGCAGUGCAGGUCUGCGUCACUGGAUUCGAUCCAUUCGUUCCAGAGGCGCAAUUGAGAGCGCUUUUUGGAAGUUAUGGAGAGAUUGCAGAGGUCAGCAACAAGGUCGACCCUGGCACCGGCACAUACCUGGGCAUCUGCCUGAUCAAGUACCGAGACACGAGGCAGAUGCGUGGGGGUGUUACGAUGACUGCCGCAGCUUCGGCCAAGAAGGCGGAGAAAGAGGGCAACGGGCAAAAGAUCGGCGUCUGCAAGGUGAAAGUGGAGCGCGACCGUGAAGGGCGCAAAUGCAAGCGCGCGGUCGAAGCGAUCGUGAAGCGCAAUAGGGCAGAACAAGAGAAGCACCGACCCGUAGUGACUGCACGGAAGGUGGAAGCUCCUCCCACACCUACGACUGCUGCAACUCCUGCACCUCCUCCUAACGCGCCAAAAGGUCCAUCUGGGAAAGGCAUGGCUCCUCCGUCUGGCCCGCGAUCGAACCUCAAACCGAUCCACUCAGCCCAGUCUCGUGUUGAAACCGAACUUAUCCUCAAAAAGAUUCAACGGAAGCCGUACAUAUUCUUGGCCCAUUGCUACGUUCCUGUUCUCGGCACUACCAUACCGCAUCUCGAGAAGCGGAUGAGGAUGUACAAGUGGAAAGAGGUGCGAUGCGACAGGACGGGAUAUUACAUCGUGUUCGAUGAUUCGAAAUUUGGCGAAGACGAAGCUGCAAGGUGCUAUCAUGAGAACAACAUGCAGCCCUUGUUCACCUAUGUCAUGAACAUGGAAUGCCAGCAAUAUGGCAACCCGAAUUAUGAGCGUAGUCCAAGCCCAGAGCGUGUGCUGGCGGAGAAGCGGCAGCAAGAAGAGCGCGAACGGAUACAGAAGGAAGAGGAGCUGGAUUGGGAAGACGAGAAGAAGCAGCGGGCUGCUAAUCUGGAUCCUGUGCAUGCAGCGUUGGACUUGUUGACCACCGAGCUUGUGGAGAAGAUCAUGAGCGACAUCAAGACCAAGGUUGCAGCGCCAGCGCUGUACGACUAUCUCGCUCCCGAGCACCAUGUCGCUAAGAGAAGGAAACUGAACAUACCUGAUCCGUCUGAACGCGAGAACAAACGACCUACUCUACCCUUUGGGAGAGCCGAUGAUUCUCCGGCAAGCACCCCUGAUUCGCGAGCUCACGGCUUUUCUGGAUACCAGCGGAAACCUCUCUCCACCUACGAACUCACCAUUGCUCGGAAACGAAAGGCCGCUCCUAUCGCUCGGUCAUCGAACGCUUUUGUUGAUGAGCGCCGUAAGAAAGCACCACCUCCCCGACGAACUCACAUCCAACCGCUCCAUCGCCAGCUGCAGAACUACUACGAUGAAGAUUCUGAGGAUGAGCGCGCCACCUCAUUUACGCGUGAGUCUGAAGAGCAAGACAGUAGGCCUUUGUCCCGGUUGAGUUCUGUUGGCUUCGAUCACGAUGAGGUAGCAGGAACGCCCAGGAAGAAGCGCCGAACGACUGGGCACGAAGCAGGGUGGGGCGCUGAGAGCGACGAUGAUUCGAAUGAUGAGACCGCCCGCCGUCUUCUGCCUCAUCUCAUUAACAAAGAGGCAGAGGAUAUGGCGGAUAGGGAGCUGGAGCAAGUCGUCAUCACACUGCCACGGUCGUCAAGCAAGUACAAGCGGGCGCGGACGGAGAUAAAGCAACGCAAGAAGCUAAGGGACUUCGACAGGCUGUUCGGCAUCAAAGCGGACGAGCCGACCGUCGACGACUAUGCUGAGUCCGUACGCCCAACUGUUGACACCACUCCAGAUACGGAAGACAAGGCGAUUGAGACUGUUGAGACUGCUGAUGAUCUUCCUGUGGCGGCUACAAAGCCGAAGGCGAAGCCAAAAGCGAAACGCAAGACUAAGAAGCAGAUUGAGGAAGAGAAGCGUGCGGCACUUCUGCGGGUAGAGCCCGCUGCUGAGCUUCCUGCUGUCGUGGACGACGUCAGCCUCGAUGACGAGCUACGAGCUCUGAUCGAAGAGCCAUCGGAAGAGAAGGCCGAGCCAAGGUCAGAGGUUGAAUGGGGAGUCUCGGCCAACAAGCCAAGAAAGACCGUGGAAGACCAUCCUGAUCUGGUGCUCGACCUCGACGGCUGGCAGGAGCUCGUCAAGGACGAAGAAGAUCUCCGCUUCUUGCGCGAAGCGCUUACGAACGAGCGACCAGCCGCCCUAGGAGACGUCAAACUGUGGGCUUGGAAGCAAAAGCAGAUCAAGCUUCUCAACAACGGCGGCAUCGAAGGACCAUCGCACGUCGAGAGCAAGAUCCAAGGCUACUACGUCCCCAAUCCCAGCGGCUGCGCCCGCACAGAAGGCGAGAAGAAAAUCUCUCAGGUCGAGAAGUCCAAGUACCUGCCCCACCGUCUCAAGGUGCAGAAAGCGCGUGAAGAACGCGAAGCUCGUGCAGGAAACGACGCUGCCCCUGCCACCGAAGCCUCCAAACUCCUCCCUGCGACAGGCAAUUCAAGAGCCAACCGCGCCAACAACCGCCGCCUCGUCAACGACAUCAACAUACAAAAAGGUCUCGCCGCAGGCGCCGAAGGCGACGCCAUGCGUUUCAACCAACUCAAGAAGCGCAAGAAGCUCGUCAAGUUCGACCGCUCCGCUAUCCACAACUGGGGUCUCUACGCCGAAGAGAAUAUUGCCGCGAACGACAUGAUCAUCGAGUACGUGGGCGAGCGGGUCCGGCAGCGCGUGGCCGACCUGCGCGAGGAGAUGUACGAUCGGCAGGGUGUGGGCAGCAGCUACCUCUUCCGCAUCGAUGAAGACACGGUCGUUGAUGCGACCAAGAAGGGCGGCAUCGCGCGGUUUAUCAAUCAUAGCUGCAUGCCGAAUUGCACGGCUAAGAUCAUCAAGGUGGACGGGACGAAGAGGAUCGUCAUCUAUGCGGACCAGGCUAUCGCGAAGCACGAGGAACUCACAUACGACUACAAGUUUGACCGCGAGAUGAACAGCGACGACCGCAUCCCCUGUCUCUGCGGCACGGUCGCCUGCAAGGGUUUCCUCAACUGA